UGGAAUUCACGCCCAUUAUCUAGUGUAAAGAACACUUUUUUAUCACGACAUUCGAAAGAAAUCCAAUAACUUUGGCAUCAAGAUAUUCUACUGAUUUUACCAUAAUAUAAUUUCUUCAGUGAUCUCCUGAUUGUACAGUUUUGUAAGGUGACUCUAAAAAGAUUUAUCCAUCCAAAAAAUCUUUUUUCUUUAUAAUAAGCUUUAUUCAUGAGCUUGAUAUUAAGUGUAAUGUAGUUCGCGAUGGUGUUUCAUGUUGAUAUAUAUUUUUUAUUUUUAAUUAUUGCCAAUAAUUUUUAUGAUAUCAAUGGUUUUGUGGGAAUAACAAUCAGCAAUUAAUGAUAUUGUUUUUGGUGUAGUUAAAAAAAUGAUGUUGAUAUUGUUUCCGUCGUCUAGCGAUACAUUAUAAUUCCGAAAGACUAAGGGAUGAGAAUAUUCAAGAAGUUUUUGCUCUGAUAGCUGAAGCAUACGAAGUGAAGUCCUUUCGGAUCCUCUCAAGCGGGCUAUCUAUGACCAGUACGGCGAGACAGGUUUGAAAAGUAAAGUUACAGGAUCAAAUGACCAUAUACCGUCUUAUGUAUUCCACAAGGAACUACUACAAACUUUUAAACAAUUUUUUGGCGUGUCCAAUUCUGUCAAUGACAUUCUAUGUAUUAUUAAUGAUCCAGAAAUAAUGGAUUUAGUUGCUAAGGGAAAAGAAAUUGUCAUUAAUGAUAAACCAAUUAAAAAAACUCUACAAUUAUCAUUAAAAGAAAUUUUUUAUGGAGGAAUGAAGAAAAUAAAAAUUCGAAAACUCAUAUUUGCCGAUGCUGAGAAAUCACACACAUUUUUGAAAGAGAAGAUUCUUACGGUACCUAUAAAACCAGGUCUUCCAACAGGAACGGAAAUAAUAUUUACGGAGGAAGGUGAUCAAAGACCGAAUAGGAUACCUGCUGAUAUCAUAUUUACUACUGAAGACAAAACUCAUGAAAUAUACAAGAGAGAAGGUGAUAAUCUAUUGAUGACCGUUGAUAUUGUAUUGAAAGAUGCUCUACUUGGAACAAUCGUUACUGUGCAUACUUUAGACGAUAGAACAUUUCGUGUACCCAUCACUUCGAUUACCACGCCAGACUAUCGGAAAUACAUUCCGGGUGAAGGACUGCCUUUUUUACAAAAUCCAAAUGAACGCGGUGACCUUAUAAUAAAUUUUAAAAUAGACUUUCCAAUUUAUUUGUCAGUCGCCAGCAAAAAUUAUAUGAAAAAAGCAUUCGAUAACCCAGUAAAAGAUGUAACCAAUAAAAUCGUCUAAAUAAUCAAA